GGAAGUACUAUCUGAAGGACCUUUCAAAACAUUUUGCUUCAAAUUAAAACAAUGAAGACUUUGAGAUUGGGAGUUAUUGUUUUCCUUUGUAAGGCAUUUUUGUGUGGAUUUGCGGAGGAGUCUCCAUGCACACCUGGCUUAGAGUCGGAGUUGCUGGUUUUUAAAGUGCACAGAGAUCACCUUUACAAGGGAAAAACACUAGGAAGAGUAAAUUUGAAUACAUGCGAUGGAAAAACAACAACACUCUUUCAGUCUGUUGACAAGCGGUUUGAUGUGAACAUGGAUGGGACUGUUACACUGAAGAGACCACUGACUCUUCAUGAGGCUUACGAGGUGUUUUCAGUGCAUGCUUGGGACGCCAAUGGCAAGAAGCACACUGUAUCUAUCAGAGUUGAAUUUGUCCAACAUCUUAAUGGGCAUCACAAGGAUACAGUCAUGAACAUCUCCUCUCCACAGAUAGAAUCUCCACUUGAUCAUCCACCUUCGGCAUUUUCAAGGUCUUUAGCAGGUCUAAAGAGAGCAAAGAGAGGUUGGGUUAUUCCUCCGUUCCAUGUACCUGAGAAUAGCAGAGGGCCAUUCCCAAUGAAGCUGGUCCAGAUAAGGUCCGCCUUUGCCAAGGAAACUGAAAUGGUAUACAGCAUCACAGGUGAAGGGGCAGAUCAGGACCCAAAGGGGAUUUUCACAGUUGAAAGAUUAUCAGGGAAUCUCUUUGUGACUCAGCCACUCGACAGAGAGAAAAAAGCUUCAUACAGAAUUAUAGCUCAUUCUACAGGACGUGAGGCUAGUAUAGCAGAAAGUCCAAUGGAAAUUCUCAUCAAUGUGAUUGACCAAAAUGAUAAUAAGCCUGUGUUUACUCAAUAUCCUUUUAAUGGACAUGUUCAUGAAGCUACUGGAAAAGAUUAUGAGUUUAUGACAGUCACAGCCACUGAUGCAGAUGACCCAGAAACGUACAACGGUAUAGUCAACUACGCAAUUGUCAGCCAAGAGCCACCAUUUCCAAAAUCAAACAUGUUUGAUAUCAACAUUUUAUCUGGAACCAUUCGUGUGCGAGAACCAGACAUGGACAGAGAGCAAUGGCCCAGAUAUACUUUGUUAAUUGUGGCUGCUGACAUGGAAGGAAAAGGUUCAUCAACCACUGGUACAGCUGUUAUUACAAUUACUGACAGCAAUGAUAACCCACCUCAGUUUGAGCAAACUUCGCUCUCUGUAUCUGUUCCAGAGAAUAAAGUAGGGGCUGUAGUGGCCAAACUUACAGUUUCUGAUGGAGAUGAAGUUGGAUCACCGGCCUGGUCAACCAAGUAUCGGAUUAUUAGUGGUGACAAGGGUGGGUUUUUCAAUGUCAGUACUGGACCCAGCCAGCUGGAGGGCAUCAUCACCACUGUAAAGCCCCUGGACUUUGAGAAGACCAAGCAGUACGUUUUGUCUGUGAUUGUUGAGAACGAUGAUCCAUGCAUCAAUUAUUUUCCCACUUCCACUGCCACGGUCACAGUGAAUGUAGAAUAUGUAAAGGAACCUCCAAAGUACACUGUAUCUGUCACUGAGAAGGAAGUGGGGACUGCUGUCAAAAUGCAUGUUACUGAUGAAGAUGAUGCUGGAUCACCUGCCUGGACUCCGAGAGUAACAAGCAAUACAUUCUGUUUGCGAUGAUUCAUUUAUAAAACCUUUGUCCAUUUCUGCUGUGACGAUGUAAAAAGGUUAAAUCCACAAUGUCUCAUAA